AUGGCUUACAAACUCGCCUACAAGGCAGGGCACAGGCUCGUUCUCCAGGGGUUCCAGCCCAUUGCAGUGUCGAAGGCAAAUAACAGGCUGACAGUAGCCGGAACGACUAGCACCCCUGAAAACGACGAUCUGAGUCAGUCGCACGCAACGACUACCACCUCCGAACACGGGGACCUGAGUACGUCGCACGGUGAACCCGACCUACGUGCUACCAAUUCGAAGAACGACACCUCAGACACCUCGAGCUCAUUCAGCACAACGUCGACGUCGUCCAGCACAACGUCGACGUCGACCACAACGACAUCGACGAACCCGCCACCGCCAACAAGUGCCCCGUACAAGCCAGGAGACUUUCUUCUGUGUUCCAUCACAUCCGGCAUGGCAGACCAUCUCCCUAAAGAUGGCUUGUGAAACAUCAUCUCACGACUAACACCAGCGUAAUGUUUUCUAGCAACAGUGUAAUUGCGUUCAACCGCAUCAGAAGAUAUGUUGCUGCGUCAAGGAGAACUCAAUGCGGGCUGCACUUCGAGUUCAACACUAUCGUCGAGCACCGAAAUAACAUCGGAAGUUCAUCAACGCUCCAAGCCAUUACAGAGAUCGGUGCGCCCUUGUCCGGCGUCCUCGCUGCCGAAGUGGGAUCAAACUGGGAUGAGCGUAGCGAAGCCACGAGUGUCUUGCUUCGCGUGCUGCAGAGCCAACUACAGAGCACGGACGGGCCAGCCAUCGGAGUGACUGCACAAGGCGCGUCCGGCAAAAGGAAAGAUGUCCUUGGAGUCCUUUCACAUCUUUUGAAUGGUGCAAAGAGAAAAGAGUCCGCGUUACCGAUGGUGUAUACAGCCUGGCAUGGGACGGUUUUACUGUGAAAGUGGCAGAUGACCUGGUCACCAUAAAAGCAAAGGUUUGUGCGGCGAGAUCAACUGGUUUUCAAGGACACUGGGCCGUUUUUGCCCUUGAGCGUGCAGACGACUAUAGUUGCGGGCACUUGUCCUAUACGGACAUUCUUCGAAAAAUGGACCAGUGCAGCCGAACAAAAAAUAUAUAGUGACCCAAACCCAUACUAGGCUGUCACAUCAUUGACUCACGAACGCCUCAUUACCAUACGUGAACGGCACGAU